AUGCCAAAUGGUGCAGGCUACUUUUUGCGCACAAGGAUUAAAAUGUUACAGAGUUUAAAUGUCUGGUUUUCUUUCCCAGCAUUUGGCCGAAAAAUGGCAAAAAAAAACAAACAAAAAAAAGAUUUGUCCCCAAAUUUUAGAGGCAACAUGUCCAACAGGGAUCACAAAACGCUGAGAAUGAUAGUAAAGAAACAGAAGUCUGGAGAAGGAAACGUGUUUGGCUUUUAUCGGCUGUUUUGUGGCCAUGUUGGAGGAGAAAACAACAUGAAUACAGACUUUCACAGAGUUCUAAGACUUGCAUGA